AUAUCAUUUACAAUCAGUACACUUAAAAUGUAAGAGACGUCAAAGUAUUUCAUAUAGUCAUAAGAAAUAUGAAUCAUAAUUGGUUAUGAUGAUCAUAGAGCGCGCCGGAGGACGCAACAGGUCGCGCGUACAGUAGAGCUGUAGUUCCGCGUGCAUUUGGCUGACGUAAUUAUGACAUUUGUACAAGAAUUUUACGAGGUGUAUUAUAGCAUAUAUUGACAUGAAAGCUAAACACUUUAUUGUGUUUUGGCAUGAAUAUCAUUUUAAUAAAAAGGGCUUGAGUUGUUCAUGCGCUGAAAAUUGUUUCUUUUGUUAUGUGACGUUUUAAUACAAAUUAUAUAAUGAUGUGUCAUAUGUAAGGAAUGUGUGCAUAACCAAGGGAUUUAAAAGCCAAAUCAAUAAAUAAAUAAGUAAAUAAAUUAAUUAAUUAAAAGAAAGAAAUAAAAGGGUGUACAUGAAAUAUAUAAUUAAUUUGAGUACAAAACCGUAUUAUGGUUUUCUAAAAUAAAUACCAUUACUUUACAGAUUAUGCUACUGAAAACUGAAAGCAGUACACAUCUGUAUUAUAGACAGUCAAAAUAUAUAUUGUUUCAAAUUCUAUUAUUAGGCCUAAACUGUAUUAAUAUAGUGAUGUCACUGACAUAAGAUAACCUCUGCAAGCCUUUUUAAGUUCUAAUGAAGUUAAUGCUGGCCUGUUGAAUGCAUGACUUUAAUUUAAAGUUUAAAGUCAGAAUAUGACAUUAGAAAACAAAUAUAAUACAACAUGAUACCUAUGAAUACAUGUGGUCUCCUGACAGAUUCUUUGCAAUAAGCUAUACAAAUAUAUUACAAAUACAUGAAAUAAAAAAGGUCUAUCAGUGUUUACCAAAUUAAACUUUAUACUUUAUCUCAACGCUUCAUGCUCUUACCUGGUGUCUACUUAUUAAAUACUACUGUGACUUAAAAAAGGGUCAGGGGAACGCCUUUAGACUUGGGGGUGUAAGGGAAAGGAGGGGUAUAUGCAUGAGUAGGUAGUGUUCUGCGUUAUUUGAAUGCAAAUGCAAAGAGAACAAGCCGAGACUGUGUUUGAGAGAGAAACAGGGAAAAGGAGGUGGAGAGUUGUCUUUGGAUUUUGGUUAGACACUGAAUAGACACAGAUUUAGUUUGCCAAGUGCUUAGUUCACUUUUGAGACAUUGCUUGCUCAUGUAUGCACUUGGCAUUUGGCCUUGUAGCUCUCUAUAUAAAUGAAACAUGGAUUUUUGAUUGUUUCUCAGAACUGAUGCAGUGAGAUUUACUGUAAUUUAACUCAGAGAAAGAUUUUUAAUCUGUUUCAACCCAUGGGCCAAUUAGCCAUUGACUUUCCCCUGCAUCAUGUCACGCCGGAAACAGAAAAGACCUCAGCACUUUUUCAGCCCCAUCCUCAACACUUCGUGGCUACUUCAGCAUGAGGAGCAAUUGGCAGUGAAGUCCCUCACCUCUACUCUUGCAAAGAACUCUUCCUGCUCUUCCUCACAAUCAACAACUCAAAGCCGCCAAUAUUCCUCAAACCCAACCGCACCAGUUGAGAGGCUCACAACACCUUCUCUGCCUAGAGCCAGCCAUCCUGUUUUUCACAUCUCUAGCCAGCCCAUACACUUUCCUUCAAACCUCAAAGAGUCUCACCUUUUCCAAAUUUCUGACAUCCCAUCCCGUUCUACUAAUCAGUGUAUCACUACCACUGCACCAACUGUGCUCUCUACCCACAACCACACUCACUUACCCAUGGCUUCUCCAAAGUUAGGUGUGUCGGCAACCACAACCUCCUGUUCAUCCUCCUCUGCUGCUGCUUCUCUCUGUGUGCCUCCACACCCUGGAAGCCCUAGUUCUGUUCCUCAGGGUCCUCCAAGUCCAAUUACACCCUCUUCCAGCCCAAGCACAGUCCCCUCAGCCCCAGCAUGUGCACCCGUCAGUAUUGCUUUCAUCUUGGAGGAGCUACGUGUGCUUCAGCAGAGGCAAAUUCAUCAGAUGCAGAUGACUGAAGAAAUCUGUAAGCAAGUACUGAGAUUGGGAGGAGGAUCUUGUGAAGUGGAUUCAAAACCAUUUACACUACCAUCUCUGCCACAGCUCUGUUUAAAAGGUUCUGUUAACAACUCCAGACCUUCCCGACCAAAGACAUCACCUCCCCCCACCUCUGUGGCUCCUCUUUUGGCCUGUUUCUCAUCCCUUCUACCCCCUCAGACCACCUCUAAGUCCUCCAAACAGACCCACCCUCUCUUGAAUGUCUUACGCCCCCAUAAAGCACAAUAUGACAGCAGCAUAGUUACUCCAGCAAGCUUCACCAGUCACACAAUUGCUUCCACAUCCUCAUCAAUGUCUACAGCUGCUGCCUCGAACUAUCCACUCACACUUUCUCUUGGCCUUCCAUCCCAAAAAUCAUCCACCACAGGAGCUAGUGGACACAGUGGUGUGAACUUUCCAAACCAAUCUAUACCAGCAGCUGCUGUCCCUUUAGCCUCCUCACAGGAUCCAAAAAUCUCUGCCCAAGGAGGUAUGACUGUCUCAUUGUCAGGGCGUAUGCAGCAUGCAUGCCGAUUUUGUCGGAAACUCUUCAGCAGUGAUUCAUCCCUGCAAAUACACUUGCGUUCACACACGGGGGAGCGUCCUUACCAGUGUCCUGUAUGUUUCAGUCGAUUCACCACACGAGGGAACCUCAAGGUCCACUUCUUGCGGCAUCGUGAGCAAAACCCUGAACUCUCCUUUUCAUUGUUUCCCUGUUCACUUUUUGCGUCUGUAACUGGGGGAUCAAUGGGAGCACAAAUGCAACCAAAUGGACAAAUCACCUCCACCAAUACAAAUGCUACUCAGAGGAAUCAAAAACAGCAAGAGGAUGAUCUGCGUGGCGACAGUCUUGAGGGAACUACUGCCUCAACACGUGCCACAACCUCAUCUCUUCCUCCUAGUAUUGAUUUGGCCCUGCUGACCACUGCACACUCUCUCCUUCAGCUCAAUCGUGCCGCUGCUGCUGCGGCUGCUGCAGCCUCUACAUCCACUACCUCCUCAAUCACAUCCUCAUCACCUUCCUCUCUGGCCUCCACCCUUCUCUCAUCCCCUACCUCAUCCACCUCCUCCAUUGCUGGGGUGUAUAAAGGAGUAAAACGCUUUGAUGAGAACACCCCACCAAUACCUACUCUGCUCCCCCAUUCUGCUUACUCACAGCUUGCAAAUUUACCCAAAAUCUUCUUCCCAACAUCUUCAGCUCAGCAUCAUGCAGGCCAUGGGUUUCUCAGGCCAACAACUCCAGCUGGAUCCUUCCUGCCAUCUCCACAACAACACAUCACAUUCCCGUUCACAGCAUCAUCCAAAACCCCAUCCAUCUCAACCCCAACCUCAGACACAUCGAAGCUGCAGAGAUUGGUGGAGAAGUUAGAAAAAGAACCACAAGGUCAGUCACAUUGGGUUUCAUCCAUUGGGGAGACUUCUACCAGCAGCCAUACUGUAGCAGGAGCAUUAAGCUGUAGCAGCAGUGGUUUAAUGAGCACAAGCACAAGUACAAAUGUGGUCACCUCACUUCCAUCGUCUACGAUCCAAAUACCAUCAUCGUUCUUUAGUAAGGAGUCACCCUACCUGGGACUUAUGCACUCUGCUGGGACACUUGCCCCUAAUCAGUGUAGUGUGUGCCUGCGGGUGCUAAGCUGCCCAAGAGCAUUACGAUUGCACCAGGCUACUCAUUUAGGUGAGCGACCCUUCCCCUGCAAGCUAUGUGGUCGAUCCUUCUCAACUAAAGGAAGCCUUCGAGCACACCUUGCCACACACCGUGCCCGCCCACCAAACAGUCGUGCACAGAAUUCUUGCCCCUUAUGUCAACGUAAGUUUACCAAUGCCCUUGUGCUACAACAUCAUAUCCGCAUGCACUUAGGAGGACAGCUACCACCAGAGCAGAUGCCAGAUACCUCAACAGAAUGUGAGAUUUUGUCCCAUUCCGAGUCUAUUGAGCUCUCUGCUUCAGAGAUGAGCCCUAGUGCUACAGAUGUUCAGUUACUAAAUGAUCUACAAUCCAUUACGGAUUCUAGACAUACUGAAUCCCUGGCUGUCAGCACUGCUCUUACAGCAUGUGCCAUAACCUCCAGCCUACCAGCUUCACUUAGCUCGGGUCCUAUACCACUUUUAGACCUAAGCCCUGACCCAUCCUUGAAUCCAACCCCCCAUUCACCUCCAACCUUCAGAGCUGAUCCACCUGAGCUCUCUCUCAGUGUACCUUCUCCAGUGGAUUCUGCACCCUCCCUUGUCCCCCCUGCCACCCAAUCAGCGUCAGCAACAACUGUUCCUGAUGCAACUGAUGAACUAUCUUUUAAACUUUCCAGCAACACUGCCUUCUUGGAAGAUAAAAAGAUUUCAAGCUCCCCUGCUCUGAAGAAAGAAAGUCCGCAAAGAAAUGACUGUGAACAAAGUGAAAAUAGAUCUGUCUCACCUAUUCCUUUCUCUGGAUCCAGAUCAAAUCUGGAGGAUCUUCUUAGUAUACAAGCUCUUAAUGCGUCCAGAGUUCCUCCACCACAUCCAGAAUCAGCACCACCUUCUCUCCUUGCACUGAGAUCUGAGAGUGUGUCUUUGCAUACAGUACGCCUAGAGAAGCCUGACCAAAGCCUUCUCCAAAAAUCUGAAUUAAUCCCCCAAGAGUUCUCUAAGGAAGAAAAGACAGAAGAUAAAAUACAUAAAACACCAAAGAAUGGACAAAGGACAACUCCAGAUUUGAGUAUUAAUGCAGAAAUGGUAUCAGACACUGUAAACAAAACAAAUGAGGAUGAGACUGAGGAUUGUGACACACAUGUGCAGAAGACCAUAAAGGAAGCUCACUGUAGUUCAACUGCAAAGGAUAAAGCAGAUACAACAGCGACUGAAAUGGACAGAACAGAAUCAACUGUAUGCAUAUCACUGACUCCCAGUCUUCCACCUCCAAUGCCAGAGAAAAAAAUCUACCACUGUUCUGAAUGUGGAAAAGAGUAUGCAAGUCGCAGCGGACUUAAGGGACACAUGAAGCACCAUGGAGGAUUUGUCAAGGCACCCCGAGCUCUUGCAAAGACCAAGGGCCCAGAGAGAGUUUUGCAUCAUGAGCGUUCACAAACUCACCACCUUGCAACCUUUCUCCCACCAGGACAUCAAUGAGUUUUGGAACCAAACCCUCCAUAAACAUAAGCAAGCAUCAGAAUGCUCUCCCCUAGACCCUGUUAUAAGAAUUAGAAACAACAUAUUAAGAUGAAUUUAAUAGCUGACAAAAGGGAAGAAACCUGAAGGAUACUACUAUGACUCUAGACUGAAAAAAAAACACAACCCCACACAUGUACACACACAGAGGGUUAUUUCUUGGUUUAAAAAAAAUUUCCCUGAUCUUUAACCCAGAUCCAAAUAUUAAAAUACUUGCAUUGUGUAUUUUAAUAUAUGUAAUGAUGUCUAAAUAUCUUAUAGUACUUCCUUGAAUAAUAUGUGAUGUUCUUUUAGAUAAAUGUAAAUUAUUUUGUCUGUGUAAGUUAAGAUGGAUUCAUUUACUUUUCCAAAGUGAAGAUCUUAAGGUAGCUAAGGAUUUGAACAGUAGCUUUGGGUGAGGAACAGACCAAAAUUUUCUAAGCCAAUGAUGACAUAACUGAUUAUUUCCUCACUAAGAUUUAUUGUAUUGGUAUACCAUUUUUUUAUUCUUAAAGAUCAUUUAAAAAAUAUUUGGUGUUUUUGAUCAAAAAGAAUGGUAAAAUUUAGAGGGAGUGUAUUUCAAAUGAAGAAAUAUACUACUUACUCAAUUAAAACACACCUUGUCGAUAUCUUGUUCCAGGGCAGCCAUGCACAAAUCAUUGAUAUCAACCUCAAAAAUUAAAGCUCAUAUCAGUUUUCAUAAUAAGCUCAAAAUUCACACCCUACUCAAAACACUUAAUACAGACAGUACAGCUGGAGCCAAGAGGAUUUAUGUUUUUU